AUGGACCAGAAGUCGGCCAAUCUCUCCGAGAUUGGCUUUGUUUCGGCGCGCAGAUUUCUCGACAGCAGCAAUCCUUUCGACGUAUCAGCACUGCCUUUAUCGCCUCGAGACUCGUACUUGAUUAAACUCGCACACUCUUUCGGCUUGUUCGGGAGCUUGUUCGUUGGUGGUUCGGCCACUUCAGACAAACAUAUUGCUCGAGAGAUAGCGGAGGGUUGGGUUUCAGAUCUUCGACUGUCGUUGUCCAACAAAGCCUUGCUUCAUGCUCUCAUCGCUCUGGGUGCCUCUAUUUGCGCUAGUGGACGCAAAGAACGAAACGAGCCCUACACCGCCUACGCCGCCAAACACAAAUUAGUCGCAAUUUCGAGCCUUCGCGGUGUUUCGAUAGACCAGCUCCGGACAUACCAUACCCUGAUUUUGAUCCGGCUCUUGAUAGCCUGUGAGUUCUACCUUGAAGAUAUCGCAGCCGCAGAUGUGCACCAGAGAGCUCUAUAUCAUCUCUUCAGCGACAUGACGAGAGCAAGCGGGCAUUCUCACAUAUCUACUGGCACAAGCGACAUCUGGACAGCAGCAAUAUUAGGCCAGCGAACUCGAUCUGCGGAAGGCGAUCACGAUCCUGGUCCAUGGCGACAAUGUUUCUCCACCGCUGCCUUGAGACUAGUGAACGAAUAUGCAUCCGUUUCCGCACAGAAUUAUUCCCAAACGCAUCUAAUCGAUAGCUCACUCCGUUUCAAUGUCAAGCUUUUUGCGAUCUUGGAAAGAUUUAGGGAUGUUGCUUUCAUUGACGGGGCUGCCAAAAAGUCGGCAUGGACGGAUGAAAAUCGCGACGUGGAGCAUGAAAUAAAGAGGUGGUUGCAUUUUUACCGUGUGGAGACCUCGAAACUCCUGAACAAUGUCGCCGUGGACCACACAGAGGCGCUGUCGUCGCAAAACUUAGGCUCCGAGUUCGUCGGAUAUCAUGCGCUGAGUUGCGCAAUGGCGCUAGCUCUACGCUGCCAAUGGCUGCUCAUCAGCCACAUCACUUCGGUUGCCCAGAUUCAGCUUGGAUACUGGGAUUUGAACGCUAAUGUGUCGCAACGAAGGCUUUUAAAUUCGAUCAAAAUCCUUGAAAACAGCCCGAUCACUCUGGGCCAGGAGAACAUGUGGUUUUAUGUCCUGUUCAUACAUACCCUCUUUGUGCAAUACCGGAAACAUGUCGGUUCGCUCGUCGUGGUGAAAGAGGAGGGGGGCCCGAGAGAUAGCGAUAACGAGCUCACCGAGGCAAUCGAGAGACUCAGACGGGAGAAGCAUCGCCGCGGCCUUCACGGAGUGACAGAAACAAAGGGAAUCUUACUUGGAUUCUGGCCUCAUAACUGUUAUGACCACCCGUGCUCAGAAGAAAUUUGGCAGGUCUUAUCGGAUGAGAUGGAUUGA